AUGGUGCCAGAUUUACAAUUCCGUGGCUUGGCCAAUGUUCUCGCGCUCCAAUUCGUCGAGCAAGAUGGACUUGCUGCUAUUCCCACCGCCGAGAUUGAGGUUGAUGGCUUGGGGACUAUCACGCUUCCACAGUCUAUGCAGAAAAUUGGAACGCUCGUGCCGGUCAGCUGGCCGAACCCUACUAAUCCGACGGCUCAUCCCGAUGGAGUCCCAAUGCAUCCCGAAUUCUCCAAACUGCUUUACAGACCGCAGCAAAGGUUUGGUGAUUCUACAAGUGAAAAGGCCAUUGUACCUUAUAUUGUCUCGGAGCCGGAGGAGCUAAGAUAA